CUAAAAAUCGUGAUCCCGCAGUUGGUCUUGAAAGAAUGCAAUACACGGACGUAUCGUGACCGUACAUACGAGGUCGAAUUGUUCUGUAGCGAUUCCGCUUGUACCGAUACUUGUAAUGCUAACAGUUUCGAAUUUUCAUUUAUAGUAACGGAUACGCGUAUCAUUGAAAAACAACAAAAUCUAUACGGAAAUAUACGUGACAGUAAUGACAGUGCCAAUUACACAAUCGUGGCUUCGCUACGUUUAGAAAAUCGCUAAAGCAUUAAAAUCGACAAGAAAAGUGCGUGUACGUGAGUGAAUAGAGUGUCUCAACCCUGAUCUCCGCGCCCUUCUGAAUCGUUGACAGUAGUUACCGUGAUUUUCUUUGAACGAUAUUAUCGAUGACGUGCUGUGGAUCGAUUUACGAGGAUAAAAAGGUGUUGCAUGCUGCGUGCUAGGGCAAAAAACAAGGGUUUUUAUUGUCACAUUUUAACCAUCGAGGUGGGCUGCACCGACAAGACUGUGGACGUUCCUAGAUUGGCGAUGAAAAUAGAAACAUCACAGGACAUGACAUAAAUAUUAAUAUAAAACGUACGGGGAACGGCAUCAUGAAGAAUCUUGCGCCGUAGUCGCCUUGCAAUGUUAGUCACACAGACACCCUCCUCGACGGACAAUCUGCCGAAUAUGCUGCCGGUACUCGAGGAGGAGGCGGAUGUCGAUGUUGACGAUGCUUUCCCGCCACACGUUGACGCGACGAACAUCAUCAUACAACCGGAGUCGCCCACCAGCAAGAAGCAGGCACUGAAGACCUUCAACGAGGUCAACGCGCUCCUCCAGGCCGGCAGGAAAAGGGAGGCUAAGUUGAUCAUAAGGGAAAAUGCGUGGCCAUUGAACAACGGGAUCAGGACGCAAUUGUGGCCAGCCCUUUGUCAGCAACACGCACAUGGGAAGAACAUGCUUGAUGGAUUCUAUUGGGACAUGGUUAAUCAAGUAUUUGGAACUACAGAACUGCCGGAAAAAUCAAUCAUGUUACCACCAUUCGUGGACAGUACUCAUUGCCUGUCGUACCACCUGACGAGAAAAGGCAGGUGCGUUGCAGACAGGGUUGUAUCUGUGCUGGGAUAUGCUUGUCCCGAUAUUACCUACAGUCCUUCUCUUUAUCCCAUCACAGCUCUUCUUCUUCAUUUUAUGCCAGAGGAGGAGUGUUAUCAUUGCAUGGCCAGUUUGGUUGCCGCUAAGGAUAAGAUGUUCAUCACACAAACGAAGCUCCUUUACGAAGUUACCUGGAAAACUGUGGAACAAAUUACGAAGAAGCAUGUGAAAUCGGCAGCGGUACAUUUAGCGAGGCAUUGUUCUGGAUCAAGAGCAGAGAGAAUUUAUAUGGAUUGGAUGUGGUGGAUUCUACAACUUCUUCCUUUCCAACAUCUAGUCAGAGUUAUGGAUUGUUUUCUUCAUGAAGGCAUAAAGGUAUUUUAUCGAGUAGCAAUGGCAAUAGUUUUAUUAUUCUAUAAACAUUCAUCGUUGCAAAAUUCUGAAUGGAUGAACGAAAUUUCGAAGAAUGGAAUUGAUGCUGCACUUUCAAAAUUUUGCAGGCAAAUACCGGUAACGUCGGCUAAAUUUUUACGUACCGCAUUUGGAAUACGUGGACUUAGUUCAGCAUACAUAUCAAGAGUAUUUUUGCGCACAGAAAUGGCUCUAAAAAGUAAAAGUGUUUUAACGGGAUCCAGAUCAUUGGCAAGAUCACGAUCCACAGAUAAUCUGCCGACGAGCCAAUCUCAAGUCAACAUUCAGCUGUUCAAUGAUUCACUUUGUUUUCAGAAAGAGUGUGAAGACACAUACAAAGACAGGGGUGCACACAGUCCUGGACCGCGUGCUCUGUCAAUGGGCGUUUAUCCCAUACAAAGCAUAUGCUCCCAGAUUCUAGACAUGCCUGAUUUAUUUACAUUAUGGUCUUGGUUGCCUAUGCGGAUCACUAUGUAUCAACCAAUUCUAUUGUAUACAACAGAAGAGCAUGGUUGUUCUUUAACAACAUUUUACGUAAGAGUAGAGCAACAUGAACCAACCUUAUUGAUGAUAAAAACAUGCAAUAAUGAAGUAUUUGGUGCGUAUUGCUCCACGAGAUGGUGUGAACGUAAUAUGAAAAAUGAUAAAGGACAAAGACAAGCUUAUUUUGGAACGGGUGAAACGUUCUUAUUUAGUUUAUAUCCUGAACGAGCAAAAUAUCCUUGGGUGGGUAUGGAUUCUUCGCACAAUGAUCCUAAAGUUCAUCAUUCAGCUGAAUUAUUUAUGGCGGCAGAUUCCAAAAUGAUAACAAUUGGCGGAGGAGAUGGUCAAGCAAUAUGGAUGGAUGAAAAUAUAAGAUUCGGAAAAACAGAUCGGUGCUCUACAUUCAAUAAUCCACCUCUCUGUGCCAGCGGCGAUUUUGAGAUUAGGGUACUAGAAGUAUAUGGAUUUGCUGGUGCUUGAACAGAAGACAGAACUUGGCACUACAACGUAUCAGCAUACUUGAUUCCCUACUGCCAUUUAACGACUCUCUUCUAUAUAUAUAUAUAGAAUUGAAGAAUAUUGUACAAGUUUCAUAUUUGCGCAAAAUUACCGUGUUUUUCCAGUCGCGGUAUUUAUGAUGCAUCUUCAGUCGUUUGCGGAGUAUUAGUAUUAUUAUAUAUGCAUGUUUCGUUGUUGAGGCGCUAUAAGAGGUUCUGUACCGAUUGAGAUUAUAUAGAUUUAUCUCCUUCGUUUUAUUACGCUUGUUCGAUUAUUUGUCUCGACAUUUGCAGACAAUUCCUACGUUCAUUGUGUCGCGAGUUUAUUCUCAGAUAGAGAAUAAUAUGACACAAAAUGGUUGCUAAUGCAUAAAUUAUAGCCUGCGACGUAAUGAACAUCGACAAUAAUCAACGUUGAGUCAUCUUUUGUUAUGUUAGAAAUCUAAUAUCUAAUAUGUACAUAUGUAAGAAAUGAUUGGUUAUUUACAUGAAUACUUAAUAUUCAUUGGACCAGAUGCUAUUAUUAUAUAUAUUUAUAUAUUUGUGUAUAUACGUACAUAUACCUAUAUAUACAUAAACUGCAAAUUAAUUUCAUCGAAUCUAUUGUUAAUCUUCUAAUUUGACAGUAAUGCUCGUACACGUAUGUGUUAUGCCUUGCAAUGUUUAUUUACUUUUAGUAUUGUUAUGGCUUGCUUAAUCAAUUGUUGAAUGUAUGUAAGUGCAAACAAAUGGAAGGAAAGAGUAUUGUUUAUACGUUAUAUAUUGUGUCUGUCAUGCGUUACUGUAUACAUGUAUAUACACUGUAUACAUAUGUAUAUGUUAGUCUCUUAAUUUUUGUAAAUAUUAUAAAUAGUGCCCCUUGCGCAAAUACAUGGAACAAAAUUCAUAUACACAUAUACGUAAAUUUAGUCGAUUCAUUUUACAUUAAUAUAAACACGUAUAUAAUGAGAAUUUUACGUGAAAUUACGAAUUUAUAUUAAUGUGAAAUAAAUUAAUUAAUUUGUAUGUACAUUGAUAUUAAUUAUAUUGAUUAUAGAAAGAAAAGAAACGAAGAAAUAUUGAUGGCAGGGGGCGAAUGGUACUUUGAACAACGAUAAUUUUUAAUUUCUAGAAAUGAAUAUAUUAAAAAAAAAAAAAAGAAAACAAAUGUUGCUUAUGUCAUAUGUUGAUUGACUUAUUUUCUAAAUUGAUAUACGAAAAGCCAUAGUUUUCACAUAGUAUAUUAAGGAUUAGUAUAUUUUAUAUAGAUUACGUAAAUUUAUGUCGAUAAUAGGAUAACAACUAGUACCAGUUAUAAAAAUCCGUAUAUAUAUAUAGAGAAACAAUAUGAUAUUUUUUUUUUUUCGCUAUACUUCGGGCAUUCUGAUGACGCGUACUAGCGUUACUAUCGUUAUCCUUUGUGAUCAAAUCUGUAUCGAUAUCAUAUGAUACAUGAUUAACUCUUAGAGUACCUGCUUCUGUGUUUAAUUUCUUGUUACUUUUUUUUCUUUUUUUUUUUUUUUUUUUUUUUUUUUUUUUUUUUUUUUUUUUUGAAUGAAAGGAAAAGUCGAAGAAUGAAAUUGAAUGCAUGGAAAAACUAAAGGUGUCGAUUUUAGAUUCCUUGGUUGUGAUGUAGAAGUGGCUGGCACCACUUUUGUCCAAGUGACAAUAUUUACUAAUUAUAUAACAUUUGCAUAGGAGGAUCAUGUAUCUUUCACCCCCCGUCAUGUCAUCGACUGUAAAAUAACAUAACAUGGAAAAUGUUGUGCUAUUAUGGCUACGCGUUAAAGUCAUUGAAUUAUUAAGAAGCGCUCUAAAGAACAGAAUUUAAAUUGAAAUGCUCUGUACAUCGGCUGAGUCACCUCCUUUGAUUUUUAUAACGUAGUCAAUCAUAUUAGUUAGUUUUUUCAUAUCAACUUUUAUAAAAUCAAAGCGUAAAUAAAAAAUGAAAAAGCAACACAACAAAGAACGAUCAAUACAUUAUACACCACUUUAUUGAACUUAAUUUCAAAUAUAACCAGUGUUAUAAUGAAUUUAGCUAUUCAAUUGUUUUCAUAUAAUAUCAACGACAUAGCUCAUAACAAAAAGAAAAUAAUAGCGAAUUAUGUUCACUUUUUAAACGUUUUAUAAAUCUACGAUAGUAUUCUCGUAUAUUACGUGAAGUAAAAAAAAAGUAUAUUGCUGAUCUCAAUAAAAAAACUGUAUUACG